AUAAUAUAUAGAGAGUUGUGGAGACACAUUUGCAAAGGUAGCUAGCCAGAGAAACUCAGAAGAUGGAGAUCAUAAGGAUAGUAUUAAUGACGUCUGUGAUGGCUUUUACGAUCAUAUAUAGAGGAGAAGGUCAAUUAGUAGAGAAUUUCUACACUUCAACUUGUCCAAACGUUGAAUUCAUCGUGGCCCAAGCAGUGACCACCAAGUUCACCCAGACCAUCACCACUGGACAAGCAACCCUGCGUCUAUUUUUGCAUGACUGUUUUGUUGAGGGAUGUGAUGCGUCCGUGAUAAUAGCAUCGCCAAAUGGGGAUGCAGAGAAGGAUGCAUCGGAAAAUCUUUCACUACCAGGUGAUGGAUUUGAUACAGUGAUCAAGGCUAAGCAAGCUGUUGAAGUUGCAUGCCCAGGAGUGGUCUCAUGCGCUGACAUUUUGGCACUCGCUGCCAGAGAUGUCAUAGCCUUGCUUGGAGGUCCAUCAUUCAACGUGGAACUAGGACGCAGAGACGGUCUCAUUUCAAAAGCAUCACGCGUUGCAGGAAACCUUCCAAAACCAAACUUCAACCUUAACCAACUCAACACCAUGUUCUCCAACCACAACCUCACCCAAACCGACAUGAUCGCACUUUCAGGAGCACACACGGUCGGCUUCUCACACUGCAACGAGUUCUCCAACCGCAUAUACUCCUCCCCAGUGGACCCCACUCUGGACCCCACCUACUCCCAGCAGCUCAUCGCAGAGUGUCCUAAAAACCCUGACCCUGGCGUGGUGGUUGCUCUGGAUCCUGAAACAUCUGCAACCUUUGACAAUGAGUAUUAUAAAAACCUUGUUGCUGGGAAGGGGUUGUUGGCUUCGGAUCAAGUGUUGUUUACAGACCCUGCUUCGAGGGCUACGGUGGUUGAGUUUGCGAAUAAUGGUGGUGAGUUUAAUGGGGCGUUUGUGGCGGCUAUUAGGAAGCUUGGGAGGGUGGGGGUUAAGACUGGUAAGGAUGGAGAAGUUAGGAGGGAUUGCACUAGAUUCAAUUGAUGUGAAGAUGAUGGGUUUGUUUCAAGAAUUAUGUUUCCAAAGGAAAUUAGUUAAUUUGGUGGUGUGUAUUUGAUAAAGUAAUAAUAAACCAUGAGCUAACCACGAGUGGGUAUGUUGGACUUUGUCUCUUGUAAAUGAAAAAAAAAAUAUUAGUAAUUAAAAGAGCUAAUCUUAUCAUUUUGUGGAUGUUUUCAGUUGUCAUUAAAUAAAUUGUUUUCUAUGAAGGA